CAUUUUCAGUUGGUGGUGACGUAGUGAAAGGGGCGGGUCGAAAGUGACCGUUGAGUUUGACAGUAGUCAGCGACACACGACUGCCAGGGCAUUGUUGGCUGCUGUGAUUUUUGAAACGGGAAACAUUGUGUUUAACUUCAAACAACUAUAUUGUAUAACUAUGAGGAGUAUAAACAGUAGUAACGCCAGCAGGAGAAGCUCAACAAUUAGAAGACGUAGUGAGAAUUUGCGUUUUGAUGAAUUCGGCUUUUUCUUUACUAAACGAAAGGACCAAAAACUCCAUCAUCGAUGUCAUGAUUACAGCUACCCCCAGCUGAGCUCAGUGAGAGUGAAAGAGCUGUGUGAGCUACUCAGCUACUGGAAUGGAGCCAGCUUUAUCUGCAAGAGCCAGAUUGAGAGAUUCAUCAGGAUGGGUAUUCCUCCAAGUCUGCGAGGUAGAGUUUGGAAGUGUCUUCUCACCGUUGACAGUCUGAGAGAAACCAGUGACUUCAGCUACCAGAAGUGUUUGUUAGAGGUGCGAGGGCCCCUGGUGGACCUGGGAGUCAGUGAGUAUGGCAUCCUGUCUGCAAUCGCCACACUGAGCGAAACCCAAAACGAACUGGGUUUGAACAAUCAGCAGCCCUCCAGCUGCUCUGAGCCAAGAUACUCUGUAGACGACAUCACACUCUUCAGACAGAUCGCCCUGGACCUACAACGUUCCUUCCCGACCCACCGCUCUCUGAUGGGGGAGAGCCCAGAAGCCAUUGAGGGUCAGGCUAAACUCUUCAGGGUCCUCAUCGCUUACGCCAAAUACAGCCCGCAGGUUGGAUACAGUCAAGGGAUGUCCUACAUAGCUGCUGUGCUGCUGAUGCAGUUGGGAGAGGAGGAGGCGUUUUGGGCUCUGACAGCAUUGUUGGAUAAACCCAAAUAUCUGGCUGAACUGUUUGACCUCAGCCUCACCAAGGUCCAGCACCAGGUGAAGGUCUUUGACCAGUUCCUGAAACACAGGAAGCCACAGCUCUCUCAGCACAUGGAGUCAGUGGGAGUCUUAUCAGUCCACUUUGUGAUGCCAUGGUUCCUCACUCUCUUCACUUCCCUGCCCUGCUGGGACUCUGUGUUGGCUGUCUGGGAUCUCAUCAUUCUGCACGGCCUGUCGGCUGUGUUCCGUACUGCUCUGACCAUCAUUGAGCUCCUGGAGCCUCGACUGAUGGACUUGAAUGAUGAGGGAGCAGUGUUACCCCUGCUGCUGAGAGUACCUGUUGAUGUAGCCCAGUACACUGUGUUGGUCCCUGCCCUGUGGAAUACUGAGGUCCAGGACUGGGAGCUUAAAUGUAUGAACAGCCUGGUGUUGGACGAGAGCCACCAUGGACACAACACAGAACGGUGUCAAAAACAGAAGGCCACACUGCCAGCCCAAGUCAGUGGAGGUAAUGAAAAUGUUUCAACAUCUUCAGAAGGAGAAAAGAUGACAGACUCAGUUACCGGGGCUAAGAGUCUACUGACCCGGGUGGUGCGCCUGGCCCAGCGGUACCUGUUGGAUCCAAUGAGUAGACAUCGGGUUGAAGUGAAGAGUUCUCAAACACAGAACAAGCCCAGACAGCGCAGUCCUGCACUUGGACACGUGUUCAAGAGUCGGACCUCGGCUUCACUAACACAAGCUCAGAUGAGAUCCAGGAGGCAGAGCCAACAGAGAGGUGGGGCACAGCAGGGGAGCAGUGGUGAUGUCACUGUGGCAGAUACUGCUGGGAAACCUGACAGAUCUGAGCAAAGCUUCAAGAAGACAGGUACAGGACCUGUUGGCAAGGUGGCCAGUCGCCGUAGCAACCCCAGCCUUGGCCAGCCUCUCAGAGUCAAGUCCCUCCAUCUUCUACGAAAUGGCAAGAACUCGCUGAGACAGACCCAUCCCUCCUCCUCCAUCCAAUCCUCUACCCUUCCUACCUCUUCCUCCGUCCCGUCUUCAAGUCCUCUAUCCUCCAUUGCUCCUCAAAGUGGGGAUCAGCAACAGCAGCAAGACACACCCAGGGCGGCUCUCAUCAAGGAGUUGUCUUCCAGGCAUCAGACCAGCGUCCUCUUCAGGAACGCUCGAGAGUCCAAGCUGAUCUGACACUGAAGAAGGGAGAGGAAGAUGAUGGAACUAGUGAAGCGAUAAAAUGCACUAAAUGUUUACAUAACAUAUGAAACCACAAUAGUUAGUUUUGUAAAUUAGGGGAUCUUGUAACUAACUCAUUACUUUGGUCUAAAUGUGAAGUGGGGACUCUGUGCAGGGUCCAUUCCAGCAUGGAUCCAAACUGCAGUUGCUGCUGUAAAGCUGUAACACUCACACAAGCUAGAGAAUCUUUGUACUGCUUUUAAUAUAUUGUAAGAGUGUGUGCAAUGGUGCAUGUAGCAUGUAUUUUGAUACUACUUUGCGCUGCACUGGUGCUGUUUAUUUUUCCAGAUGAUCCAUAAAUGCUUAACCAUGACUCUUACAUGACUCUUAUUGUCUUACACAGUUGGUACUAAUAAAAUAUUCAUAU